AUGCCUGCUCAGUGGUCCGUCAAGCGAAACAAAGUGCACGGCCUCCUGUAUGGCCUCGUUGGCAUCGGAUUAGUUCCGCCAGAGCUGCAGGCCGACGCAGCGAGAUGGUCCACCCAACGACACCCACCACUAUCACAUGCACCUGCCACUAUACCCACCCGCAACACGACAAUCGAACAAUCAGACUCGGACUUUGGAUCCGCACCCAGCAGCGUUGUGGACUUGGCUUCGUCACGCGGAGACCCCGAUACUGACGACGACUUCGACAUCAUCGAAGGCAGCGAAGCUCCACACUUACUCGACGGGAGCAGCGACAGACCGUUUGGGCAGAACACCUUUGUGCAACUUGGGGCGGGUGUCGCGCGCAGACUGCCUUCAGCCAGGAGCUCCACUGCUGGCCUGGCAGGCUCGCGCAGCAUGGAAGCGGGCCGCAGCAACGACUACGACGACCCGGAGUGGCCGCAAGCUGGCGAACAUGCUGAUCCUCACGACCUUGCUGGGCCCGGCGAACAUGGGAGAUUGGUUUGCACUGUCACGAAGCCGCAGAAAGAGGGCGAGGGAACUCAGAACACAUACGUCUCAUACCUGGUCAUCACAGACACCGACUUCAAGUCCUUCCAAAACUCGCAUUCCGAGGUACGGAGGCGCUUUACGGAUUUUGGCUUCCUAUACAGAACACUGUUCAAGGAGUAUCCGCAAUGUGCAGUGCCGCCUCUUCCGGACAAGAACAACAUGUCGUACGUGCGCGGCGAUCGAUUUGGACCAGACUUUACAGCACGGCGAGCACAUUCCCUGGGUCGCUUUCUGAAACGUCUUUCGAUGCACCCCGUGCUGCGAAGAGCUACAAUCUUCACACUCUUCCUCGAAUCCACCGACUGGCAUGGAGUGAUGACGACCAGGCCGAACCGCGGCAUGAGUGGAAGUGAUGGAGGGAAUCAUUCGGUACUGGAGAGCUGGACCGAUAGCUUCUUGAACGCAUUCACCAAGCCGCACAAGCACGACAAGCGCUUUCAAGAUGUCAACGAUCGUGCCUCGAAGCUUGACGAUGAUCUAGGAACUGUCAGCAAGACAGUUGCAAGAGUUGCGAAGCGCAAAGGAGACCUCGAACGUGAUUACGGAGACCUCGCAACACAAUUCCAGAAGCUUGCCGCGCUCGAGCCUGGAGUGCAGGACGAGCUCACCAAGUUCGCCGCAAGUGUUGGAGAGACAAGCGAGGGCUGGAGAGGGUUGAAAGAGCAUACAGACCAGGACUAUUUGGGCUCGUUGAAAGAUAUGGAAGCAUACAUAUCGUCUGUCAAAGCGUUGCUCAAGACACGCGAGCAGAAACAGCUGGACUUUGAAGGCUUGACGGAAUACCUUACCAAGGCCGCUCAAGAACGCGACACUCUCGCAAGUCAUGGAUCGAUGGGAGCUAGUGGCUUCCUACGACAAAAGAUUGAAGACGUCCGCGGAGUCGAUCACGAGCAAUCAAGGCGAGAACGACAGCGGAAGCUUGAGGUUCAGAUAAGUCGAUUGACAACCGAAGUGGAAGCCGCCAAGAAGACGUCAGAGGCAUUCGAUGAGGAGGUCGUCAAGGAAGUGUCCGACUUCGAGCGGAUCAAGGCAGUCGAGUUCCGCGACACACUUGGCGGCCUAGCAGAUGCCAACAUCGACUUCUUCAAGAACAACAUUGACAUCUGGGAACGCUUAAUAGCGGACAUGGAGAAGCAAAAGGCCGAUGCCGCUGCGCAACAGUCUGCAUGA